CCUCACCUCACCUCACCUCCCAAAAGAAGUGAAAGGAAACUGACGAAGCAAUGGCAGCAAUACAUAUGCUUAGAUAAACGUGGAGGCUACGACAAGCGUCGCCAAUCCAUUCGCGCCUAUUUUCCAUCUCCCUCACUGCUGAACCAGAUUCAUAAUUGAUUCUCUUCUCUCCAUCCCUUCUUUGAUCGCGCCGCUGCGUCACGACUCCGAUCGUGAGAUUAACUGUAGCAUAGAGAGUUUUUCGACUUGCUGGACAAGGAAUGUGUAGCUGUGGGGUCGUCUGAAGAUUCAAACAUGGUGAUUCAAUCUUACAUAAGCCAUGCUGAGCUUCUUCUUAGGAAUUACAUAUCUGCCGAUCCAUUUGUUGUGUAUACUUCGAUCAUCAUUGGAAUUGUUGCUUGCAAAACGGUAUAUGAACUUAGCCAUUUGAUUAGCCCUGUUUGCUUUAAAAGCUUCUUCAAUCUUUCGAAAUCGCGGCAAGUUGAAUGGAGCAACCGAGCCAUUUCUACGUUUCAUGCUGUAUAUGUUACGAUUGUGUCAUUUUACUUUGUGUUCUUCUCGGAUCUUUACUCCACUGACAUUCAUCGUGGUCCUGUAACUCUUCGAAGUUCAACAUCAUCUACAUUUGUGAUGGGGGUUUCUCUCGGUUAUUUUCUUUCGGAUCUUGGCAUGAUCAUCUGGUGCUAUCCUUCAUUAGGUGGGAUGGAGUAUAUAAUUCAUCAUCUUCUCUCGAUGGUGGGCGUGACCUAUCCCAUGCUAACAGGCGAUGCGCAGAUUUACACGUUCAUGGUUUUAUUAUCCGAGGCAACCACCCCUUGGAUCAAUUUGAGAUGGUAUCUCGAUGCAGCGGGAAUGAAGACCUCCAAGGCAUAUAUAAUGAAUGGAGUCGUCAUAUUCCUAGCAUGGCUGGUCGCCAGAAUUCUGUUGUUCAUAUACUUGUUUUAUCAUCUGUACACGCACUUGGACCAGGUGAAGCAGUUGCAUCAAGUUGGUGUGGUGCUUGCAGUGGUGACGCCGUCGGCUUUAUCGGUGAUGAACUUGAUGUGGUUCUGGAAAAUUUUCAAAGGCUUGAAGAAGACAUUAGCUGCUGCAAAGAGGGAGUGAUGCUGAAGAUGAAGAUGAAGAUGAAUGUGUGUGUUUGUGUAUUUGAGUGAAGAAGAAGAAGAAGAAGAAGAAAAAGUUGAAGUUGCAAUGUACAAAGUCAGCAGCUCAGGUAUGAAUUAAUUGCACUCUCACUCUCACUCUCUCUCUCUCUCUCUCUACACUGCACCAAUGAUAUCUCUAAUUUAUCAAAAGUAGUCCCAUGCUUGCACAACAUACACAUGCGCGUAUAUAGAUAGAUAUAUAUAUAUAUGUUUGUUUUUCCAGAAAAGAUAAAUGGGCUUCCAAAAUUAAUUAUAUAUAUAUAUAUAUAUUUCU